AUCUCCAUCUUCGCUGCCUUCAAUUCUUCCUUAAGUUGCUGGUAAAGUUGCUCGAUGGAGGGCAUCUUGGUUCAGUCCACGGGAGCAAACAAGACACUUCUUCACAGAGUUAAGUACAGGUCAGCACUCAAAGUACAGGUCACCACUCAAGAGCACACAAACAGGUCUUCACAGGGCAGAAUCACAGGUACAGGUUUGGCAUGGGUGAGAAGGGACUUGGUACGUUGGGCGAGGGGUAGGGAUGUUCAGGUGUGUGAGGGAAUGUUGAGGUUGUUGUGUAAUGCAAGGGAACCCUGCGGGGUUAAGAUAGGUACACUAGCUCGGGUGGGUGGUGGGGAGGUAGUUGCUAGGGUUGUGGGUUUGUAUCCGAUGUAUGCAUGGAGUGAUAUAUGGGGGCGCCUGCGAGGGUUGCAAUUGAAGGCUGUGGUGCGGGAGGUAAUGUUUAAAUUUCUCCAUAAUAUAUUGCCGUCGGGGGAGGUAUUAGGUAAUAGGCGUGUGCAGGAGGGACGGGAAUGUUGUGAGUGUGGGGGUAUUGACACUGUGCAGGAGGGACGGGAAUGUUGUGAGUGUGGGGGUAUUGACACUUUUCCAUGCAGUAUAUUUUUGUGAAAGGUUGGAACCAGUGAGAGAGUGGUUUAGCAGGGUUUUACGUAUGGUGGGUGGGGGUGGUAUUUGUGUUCUACGGGCAUUAAGCUUGGAUAUGGGGGGGGGUGCCGGUACAAAAUGCGAUGGGUUAUCUGGUAGCCGACUUCGUGUAUACUUCGUGGGUUUUACGGAGAGCGCCGGUGGGGGAGCGAAUUAGGACCCUGGCAGCGAUAUUUUAUGGGACACAAAGGAGGAAUAAGGAUAUCACUGGGAAUAGAUGGUAUUUCAAAUUUUCAGAUGGAUAUCGUAGCUUUCGAGUGGAGGACUUAUGGGCAUUACAAAUUCAGGGGACGUGACGAGGCUGGCUUCUUGAGGAAGGCGCGGGCGUGACUGGUGCAUUUGGAGGACAAGAGGUGUAAUGUGAGUUGUGUGGGUCAAGUGAGUGGCUUGGUGUCAGGGAAUUUUUAAUGACAUGUGUUAUGCGAAGUGAGGGGAUGAGAAACUGGUAUGAGUGAGAUGGAGCUUUAAUUUAGCAAGGUAUGAAGUCUGGUACUUUAUGUGACUGUGAGCGUCUUGUGUGCAAGAUGACUGUGAAGGUUGGUACUUUAUGUGACUGUGAGCAUCUUGUGUGCAAGAUGACUGUGAAGGUUGGUACUUUAUGUGACUGUGAGCGUCUUGUGUGCAAGAUGACUGUGAAGGUUGGUACUUUAUGUGACUGUGAGCGUCUUGUGUGCAAGAUGACUGUGAAGGUUGGUACUUUAUGUGACUGUGAGCAUCUUGUGUGCAAGAUGACUGUGAAGGUUGGUACUUUAUGUGACUGUGAGCGUCUUGUGUGCAAGAUGACUGUGAAGGUUGGUACUUUAUGUGACUGUGAGCGUCUUGUGUGUAAGAUGACUGUGAAGGUUGGUACUUUAUGUGACUGUGAGCAUCUUGUGUGCAAGAUGACUGUGAAGGUUGGUAAUUUAUGUGACUGUGAGUGUCUUGUGUGCAAGAUGACUGUGAAGGUUGGUACUUUAUGUGACUGUGAGCGUCUUGUGUGCAAGAUGACUGUGAAGGUUGGUACUUUAUGUGACUGUGAGUGUCUUGUGUGCAAGAUGACUGUGAAGGUUGGUACUUUAUGUGACUGUGAGCGUCUUGUGUGCAAGAUGACUGUGAAGGUUGGUACUUUAUGUGACUGUGAGCGUCUUGUGUGCAAGAUGACUGUGAAGGUGGUACUUAUGUGA